AGACCACACGUAUGAGAAUAUCGCGUCAAUGUCCGCAUCGUCAUUAAAAUCGGUUGAUUAGUGAUAGUAAGACAUACAAUAAAACUGAAAGUUCGCCAUUAAGGAUGAUUCGACAAGAAUUUCGACCGCUUAGACUGUGUUUUGGAUUUCCGCGGUUUCCUGAGGGUUUCGGUACAGAAACUGUACAUUCAAUGUGAUUUUCUCGAAGCUUAGUGCGAUUUUUAGGGCCAAUUUCCGCAAUAGUUCCGCAAUCAGUUAUAAAUCAUAAUCCGAAUUGAUUAUGAUAUUAACUCGAAUUAAUCUUUAUUUGAUUCAAUUCGCAGACGUUUAAUCCUUAGCAUUCGCUCACUGAUCUUCAGUUGGGUUUAUUUCCCAUAUUUCCACCGAGGAUGAUUUCGCAAACAAGUGAAUAUAAGGAUGAGAAAGCGAUGGAGGCCGAACGAAACGAACCAGCCAGAGUGCCAUGGUUCGGCAUCAGGCACGUUAUGACGAUUCUACUGCACACUUACUUGAUUUGCAAUUUUUUGACCAGAUCUACCAUGUCGCUGGCUAUUGUGGCGAUGACUGAUAGCAAUGCGUCCUCAAAUCCAGAUAUACCAACCUACACUUGGAACAACACCGGUGUCCUACUAUCGGCCUUCUACUGGUCGUAUGUGAUCCUUCAGCCGUUCUCCGGCUACAUUUUCAUCCACAUCGGCUUCAAGUGGGUGGUUCUUGGGGUGAUGCUGAUGAACAUCAUCCCCUUCAUGCUCAUUCCUGCCGCGGUUUUCCGCUUCGGAUCCACCGGGCUGAUCGUAUGCAGGAUAGUCCAAGGCCUAUUCCAAGGCUUUUGCUACCCGGCUAUACAUCACGCCUUGGGGCUGUGGGUGCCAGAAAACGAGCGAUCGUUGCUCUGUAUGAUUGCCAGAGCUGGAAACAAAGUGGGGUACAUCAUAGCAAUGCUGAGCACCGGCUUUAUAUCAGCCAGCUGGUGGGGGUGGCCCGCAGUGUUUUACAUCUUGGGCACCAUCAGCCUCAUCUGGUGCCUGUUUUGGGCUGUUUUGGCCUCCGACUCUCCGGCAGAUCACGCCAUUAUCAAAGAAAUCGAGCGCGACUACAUAGAGAAGUCCUUGAAGACGAGAGAGAAGGAGGACAUCCGAUCAGUUCCCUUCAGGGCAAUCCUCACUUCACUCCCCUUCUGGGCGAUUGCGGUGGCAAAUGCUGGCAUCUCGUGGAACUCCACUUUGACGGAAAACGCCAUUCCGACCUAUCUGGGCAGUGCUUUGGGCUUCGAUAUUUCCUCGAACGGAGCUGUAACCGCGUCGCCUUCAGUGGUCCAGCUGCUGAUUAACAUCCCAGUGGCUCUUUUAGGCGAUUAUUGCGUCUCAAGAGGGCAUUUUAGCUUGUGGACUUGGAGAAGACUGGCGCAGGCAGUUGGUUGCUACGUUCCUGCCCUCCUCCUCAUCUGGUUGGGCUUCUUGUCGCAAGAACAGCGUGUUUUAGCAGUGGUUUUGCUCAAUCUCAACGCAAUUGGAGCAGUGGAAAUCUUCGGCUCUUUGGUAAAUCACGUCGACUUGUCCCCUAGAUAUGCGGGCGUGUUGUUGAGUAUUGAGAACACGUUGGCUCAGGUGAUCGCUAUGUUUGCGCCCAUGCUUUUGGAUCUGGCCACUGACUUGACAGAUAUCGUGAUGUGGAGGUGGAUUUUCGUAUCAUUGUCAGUCAUUGCAGUGAUAACGGGCACGUUUUUCAUUCUCUUUGGAAAAGCUGAAAUCCAGUGGUGGAACUCGAAGAAUACCAAAGACGAAGACUAGUACUGCGCGCAAUUUUUAUUAUUUUGCCAAGCAAAUUAGCAUCUCCACUGGCGCCCACUAAUUAAUACGUCAGAGCUAAUAAACGAUGAUUGUACCA